UCAAAGUUUUAUAGACAACUCUCACAGUUUCUCAUUUUCUCUCUAGUAGCUCAAAUCUCUCUCACACAAAACUUAGAAAUUUCAAAGCCAAUUUAACAGCUCUCAAUCAUGGAAAUUUUGAAGCUCUAGGUCAUGGCAAUUGCAUAGCUAUUGGUCUCUCAACACGGUGGCUCUGUCUCAUCGUCACUCACAAAAUCGAAGUCGAAAUCUUCCGUCAACUCCUCUACUCUUCGCCUACCUCAUCUAAUCUCCCCCAAUUUUCUAGGGUUCCAAGCUUAAUCGCCACUGCGACACAAAGAUCAUUUUGCCUGAUUCGUCUCGAUUCUUCAAUGGAGGCAAAUUUGGUGCGUUUUCAUGUUUUGAUUAUAAAUAGUAAUGUUUGGUUCCUGGGAAAAUUUUAGGGUGAAUAUUUAAAUUCUUCCUCACUUCCUCUCUCUCCCUAAACCACCAAGCUCGGCAUUGUGAAGAAAGAUUGAUAUUCGGGGAUGAAUUUUGAAGAUGGAUCUUUUUUCUGCGGUUAGCGAAGAGCUAGCGGAGAUUCACGGUGAAAUCUCCGAUAUUUUUCGUGCAUUUUCAAAUGGGUUUCAGAAGUUGGAGAAGGUUAAGGACUCCAAUAGGCAAAGUAGGCAGUUGGAAGUGCUCACCGAAAAGAUGUGCGAGUGUAACAGAGUCUACUACAAAGGAUGGUCAAGCUAAUAAUUUUGGUGAAGUGGACAUUGAUGGAUCAUUGGUUGCUAGUCAUUCCUCUGUAUCUGAAGACAUUAUCACGGUUAAUAAGAUAGAUUUAGUUAGUGAGGCUGAGUUGGAGGUACUGACUAAGAAAAUCAAGCAUAUCAAUGGGAUUGCACAAAUUAAGCUAGCUAAAUUUGGAUCUGUUGACAUGGACUUUGUUUUGGGAGUGGGAGGAUAUGAUCCUGAAGGAUUUGACUCUGAAGCUCACCUAGAUCCUUAUAUUUCCUUAGAGAGAUGUAUGUGUUCUUCAACUGAUCCUUAUAUUUCCCUUUCCCUGGCGUUUGAAGUGAAAAGAAAAUAAUGCUAAGUACAAUAUUCCAUGAAAUACAAAGAGGAUGUUGUUGAUGCUAGUAGAACCUUAAGAAGGUAUGAAGUUGGUGAUGAUCUUAAUGAAGGUAUGUAGCAAAUUAUGCAGCAAACAAGAACUCUCCAAAUACCUUUUAGUGUACAAGGAUUGGCUAUUGUAAAUACUUUUAUUCAAAACAGGUUUUGUGUAGCAAGUAGUGAUUCAUGUUUCAAAUUUAAAAAUUUAAAGGGCAAUAGUUGAGUUAUGUUGAUUUGUACAAUUUGUUUCAUUGUGUUAAAAGAGUAGUUGAAUGGCUGUUGUAAUUCAA